AUGUUGCUCUUCGUCUUGUUCUCGCUCUUCUAUUUCAGCCCAUCUCUGAGCCUAAAAAUCUGCUCCUUCAAUGUGAGGUCUUUCGGAGAGACAAAAAUAGGCAGACCUGAAGUCAUGGAUGUCGUGGUAAAGAUCAUCUCUCGCUGCGACAUCAUGCUGCUGAUGGAAAUAAAGGAAGCCAAGAACAGGACGUGUCCCCUGUUGGUGGAGAAGCUCUCCGGCCAGACGAAAGGGCAGGAGGAGGAAUACAGCUGCAUGGUCAGCGGGCGGCUGGGCAGGAAGACCUACAAGGAGCAGUACGCCUUCAUCUACAGGCAAAAUCUGGUAUCGGUGAAACAAACCUACCAGUACCCUGACACCCAGCCCGGGGACGAGGAUGCCUUCUCCAGAGAGCCCUUCGUUGUCUGGUUCCAGUCACCAAAAACUGCUGUCAAAGAGUUUGCUGUAGUCCCUCUGCACACCACACCGGAGAUGGCAGUACGGGAGAUCGACGAGCUCUAUGAUGUGUAUUUAGACGUAAAACAGCGCUGGGACACCAAGAACUUCGUCUUCAUGGGGGACUUCAACGCCGGGUGCAGCUACGUUCCCCGGAAGCACUGGAAGAACAUCCGGCUGAGGACCUACUCGGAGUUCGCCUGGCUAAUUGGUGACAAAAAUGACACCACGGUGAAGAGCAGCACAAGCUGCCCAUAUGACAGGAUCGUGGUCAGCGGGGAGCAGCUCAGCCAAGCCGUCAUGCCGCACUCCGUCAAUAUCUUUGAUUUCCAGACGGCUUUCCAGAUGACCGAGGAGCAGGCGCUGGGGGUGAGCGACCACUUCCCAGUGGAGUUUGAGUUGAAAGCAAAGGGCGGCUUCUUCGACUGGAUAAAAUCCAAGUUCUCAAAGAAGAGGAGAGGAAGAAAGAAUCGCCAGGCAAACUCAUGAGCAUGCUGGAUCUGCUCACAUGGAGUGACAAUACAAGGAUGCCACCAGGUCUUUCAGCAGACCAGCAUCACUAUACUCACAGCAAGUGCAAUAUUUAGCAGGGGAAAAAAAAAAAAAGUUUGUUAAACCAAAAAUAAAGUGUGAAGGUGAAUUAAACCUUCAGGUUAUUUUCCUGAUUGUAAGUGCAGCAAAAAUAAAUCAUCUAGAAGCAGCACGCUAGACUUACUGUACCAAUUACCCAUGUAAAGCAGUAACACAAAAUGCUUCCCCGUGCUUUAUUUGUAACACCCGAGGGGCAGAGGCCCCCCACACUGGCUCCACUACUCCCUGUCAGCAGCAGAGGGGCUGCAGGACCUUUCUGCAUCGUGUUGUGCUUCAGGGCUGCCACCAACAGGAUGCAGGGCUGUGCGUGGCACCUUGCAAUGUAAAACAUGCAAAACGUCGCUGAAUUCGACUACUUGGUCGGUCUGUGAAAUGCAGAGCGCUCACAGCAUCAAGGGCUUGGGGAAAGACAGAAGGAAAAGACAGAUGGGCAGACAGCAAGAGUCCCUUCUCGGCGCUGACACAGCCACAAGGCAGCAGCAGUAACACACGGGUGGUCGCACUCCCGUCCCGCUGCCAGGUGCGCCCACCCUUCCUGGCUCACAAGCCUCAGGUGAGAAGUCUUGCAGAGCCUAGGUGAAAGGAGAGCAGGAUCAAAAUUGCAAUUAAAAAUCUGAUUUCAGCACCCUGACAUGGAAGUGAGCUAGCCCCCCCCGAAAAGUCAUGGCAGCCAAAAAUUCUCCAAUAAACCAGAUUUUAAUGCUGCUUAUUUAACCUCAAGGCACAGUGAUCUGCUUUCUCAGAUCAGCCUCUAUUUAGUACAAACCCUGUCGCACAGAAGACAUCUGAAAUGUGCAAAUAAUCCAGCAGUUUGUGAGGGCAAAUAUUCACAGUCCUUAAUCCACGCCCCUCAUUUUGUCUGCUGACCAGGGGAGGGCUGGCAAACAAGAUACUCUUGUAGGGGAGGAAAACAGUUUGGCCUUUGUGAAAACGGCCUGUCUGCGGAGAAAGAAUUUGAAGAAAGAAAAUAAAUCUGGAGGAGAUCAUGCCAAAAGGGGGACAGCAACAGUCCCAAUUUUCAGUAGCAAUUAAUCUGAAAGUGAUACAGCAUUUCAUAAGCUCCCUUGAUUAAUGUCCCAGCCAAGGCAAAAGGAAAGAAAGAGCCUGAUUUAGAACAAAUAUUUACAUUGGGAUUUUUACAGAAAUGCCACUGUCUGGCUGACAGCAGCGAUGUUUCAUGUGAAGGUUGAAAUCAAUCUAAGUCUCUGGCCUCGCAUCUUAGUCCACAUGACAGAUGCUUUCUGGCUUUCAGAAAGAAGCAAUGCACACAGGAACAAAGCUCACUCCAGCAAAGUAAUAAUGGAUAUAUUCAAUCAUGAAAAAUAUGUAAAUAUGACUAAGCUUUACUGAAAAAGGUUUAUCCUUAUUUGCAACAUCGAACAUUAUGCUUUAGCCAGCAUUUGAGAACAAGAGGCAUGCUCAGCUACUAAUCGCUGCAGUGGCUGCAGCCUGGGGCAUGGUGUUAGCAGAUGGCACUCUGUGGAUGGCACAGAGGAUGAGAAUUUGACCUGCAGAGGGACAUCUUCUGCAAAGUGCUGCUCCUUUGCACUUUUGGAGGACUCAGAGCAGACAGACAGCAUCGCUUCAUAAGAUUGCAGAGGGGCUGGGAGGUGCCCAAAGCUUGUACGGUCAGUGCAGCAGGUCUCUAGAUAUAUUCCUAUGCUUAUCCCACACAUUCAUCAGACAAUAUUGCAAAUAUAUACAUAUAAACUUUUAACAGUUUAUGCCUUCUCUGAAUUUUCCACACCAGGGGAUCAUUACCCAGUUCUCCCAGCUGCAGAGAGGUUUUUAAAUAGUUCAAGCCUCCGGGAUCCUGGAUGCUCUGCAGCCAGAACAAAGCCCCUCUUUAGAUGAAGGAGGCUUCUGGAGCUUUAUUUAUGACCAAACAGGAGUUUCACGCUAGAAAUCAGAAAUGGCCCGGGGAGACGUUGUCUUGCGCGAGCCAGGUCUCAGCUGAGGGCUGGGAGAGAAACAAAGAGGCUGUUCUGAGGCUGGAAACUCUCCGCUUCCUCCACGAGGGCCUUGGCCAAGUGCAAACAAAGAGCAGAGGGGGUUCAGCUAAACAAAAGGUGCUGAGCCCUUUGGCCCUGGGCAAGCAUCGCCAUGCCUCCCCUCGGGUACCAGAGGCUGGGAGAAUGGGGAAAGGGGUACUGGUGGCAGGAAGAACAGGGGGACACCAGUACAAAUCUGCAUGGGGAUCUGGCCGUUUGGGGGGCUCUGCAUGUGCCCCGGAGCAAACUGGCACAGAACACACUGCAGUUGAAAAUGCAGCGCUGGCGGAGCAUUAAGAAAUGAUAAAUAAAUCAUCAUCAAACAGAACGUGCUGUUUAACCAACUGGGGUCAGCAGGACUGGGGACUGUCCCCUCUCUGCAGCAGUACAAGCAUCCCCAGCUCCAAAUUCCUCCAGCACAGCGAUACCCACGUGCAGCACAGCCCCUUCUUUGUGUUUACACCCAUGUUUGUUUUGCUUUUCCAAAAGUUUAACUGUGCACAAAUACAAACAGAAGCAACUCCAGCCUGCACAGCUUCCAACGCUCCUGCUGCUUUCCUGCUCCUGUGGCAAGGGGAGGCCAGCAGCAGGCACUGGCCACCCACCAAAGCCACACCAAACACGGGGUGUGCAGCGAGCCCCCAAGCUGCAGCCCCAAAGCAGGCUGUGCUGUGCAAUCACCUCAAAGCAGGCCAGCAGCAGAAAUAUCAGAGGCAAAGAAAUCAGGGAGCCUGCUUUCUUGGUCAUUAAAAGCAUUUCCACGACCUCUGUAAGCCCCAUGCCCAUGAUAACACCGGUUUCUGCCUUCUGCAAGCCUCUCUCCACCUCUCGCGUGGGGAGCUACGCGUGCAAUAAAUAUUAUUAUGGCCCCCCCUGGUGGCACCAUUAUAAAUCCCAGUGCCUGUGGUGGCACUGCUACAAAUCCCAGUAUCUGCGUGGGCCCCGCGCUAUCCGGAUGCCCAUACUGCAGCACCGCCUGCAGACCUGGCAUGGGAAGGAGACGCAGCUCUGACCGCAGAACCUCACGGACCUGCAUCCCCACACACGCCUCAUGCAGCCCCUCCUCACUGACCCUCGAGAGUUGCCCCCAAAAUGGCCCUGGUCUCACCAUAUCUGUAAGCGAGCUGGUCACAAACCCAGGCUGCA